AACUUAAUCUUCAACCCAGCUGGGACAUUAACAAAUUUUAUUUUCCUUCCCAAAUAUAUAUUAGGCCUCGCGCAGCUCAUGCCAGAGAUAAGUGACACGAAAUUAAAUACUCCAUGUCCUUAGCUUUUCCGUAAAUUCAUUUCGUCCCUCACAUCGACCGUUUGCAGCAAGAUGGGACCGCAAACGCUAAUUUGCAGGCCAAUUCCCUGCUUUUCAACUUCUUUUUCUUGUCAUUCUGUGAAAUUUUACAAACGCCCAAACACCCAUUUGAUUCAUUUUUUCUGUACUAAGGAUUCCAGAGCUUCGAAAACUGUGUUUUCUUCACCCUCUUGCUCGUAUUCAAACAGUGGAAGCAUAGAUAUAGAGCGGUCUGCCAGUGGAAAAUUAACGCACUGCUUAAGGCUUUCACAGGGCUGCUCUUUAUGGGGCGAAAGUGCUUUCGUAAGCAGCAAUUAUGGAGAACACAAGGAAAAGCCUCGUGCUUCUACUUUACAAGUGAGAUCAGUUAUGACUCCUGCAGAAGUUGAGACAAGCUUUGAUCAGAUGAUUGCUCAGAUGAAGCGCAAAUACUAUAUGUUAGGUGGGAAAGGAGGAGUGGGAAAAACAAGCUGUGCAGCAUCCCUUGCCGUUAAAUUUGCAAAUAGUGGGCAUCCUACGCUUGUUGUGUCCACAGAUCCUGCACAUUCUCUAAGUGACUCGUUUGCCCAGGAUUUAAGUGGAGGGGAGCUGGUUCCCGUUGAAGGACCUGAUUCGCCUUUGUUUGCAUUGGAGAUAAAUCCGGAGCAAGCUAGAGCAGAAUUUCGUGCAGUGUCUCAGAAUAAUGGUGGCAGUGGUGUCAAGGAUUUCAUGGACAGCAUGGGCCUUGGAAGCUUGGCAGAACAGUUAGGUGAACUGAAGUUAGGAGAGUUGCUUGAUACACCACCUCCUGGUCUCGACGAAGCCAUUGCUAUUUCAAAGGUGAUGCAAUUCAUUCAAGCACCAGAAUAUAACAUGUUUACCCGUAUUGUAUUUGACACCGCACCAACUGGACAUACACUUCGGCUUUUGUCUCUUCCAGACUUCUUGGAUGCUUCUAUUGGGAAAAUCCUAAAGUUAAAGCAAAAGUUGGCAUCAGCAACUGAUGCUAUCAAGUCUGUGUUUGGUAAAGGUGGGGAAGCACGUGAAAAUGCUACUGACAAACUAGAGCAACUCAAAGAGAGGAUGGCAAUGGUUCGAGAAUUAUUUCGUGAUAAAGAGUCGACUGAAUUUGUUAUUGUUACCAUACCUACGGUUAUGGCUGUAAGUGAGAGUUCAAGACUGCGAGCUUCACUAGAGAAGGAAAAUGUUCCUGUAAAAAGGCUUAUUAUUAAUCAAGUUUUGCCACCAUCUUCAUCUGACUGCAAGUUUUGUGCAAUCAAAAGAAAGGACCAAUCAAGGGCAAUCGAUAUGAUCCAGAAGGAUCCGAAUCUUUCUGAUCUCCAGUUAAUCCAAGCACCAUUAGUUGAUGUUGAGAUUAGGGGUGUUCCAGCACUAAAAUUUAUGGGUGACAUCGUCUGGAAGUAAAUGAUAAAUAUAACUGAAACAAGAUUCUUAGAGUAGCCGUUGGGUUGAUAAUGUACGUUUAAUUCCUCAUUCUCUUCUGAAACCAGCCAUUGAGAUCAUCUAAUGUUUUAUAUAAUACGGAAAGGAGUAGUUAAGAGCUGCAAAUUUUGUAGACACUUCGAUUCUUUAUUACAUGUACAUAUGAAUCCAUAAAUUAUAGUUAUGAAUUACAUUGUUAUGUUUCCUUUUUUAUAUUACCGAAAUUUUGCAAAAAAAAUGAAUGAGAAUUUUCUGA